AUGGGUUCUAGUCGCGGCUCCUCGGUCUCUCAUCUGUGGGAUCUCGCGAUAAGCAAGCUGUUCCCCAGACGCGCAUCUUCGUCGAAGCGGACCGACUCUCAGUCGAGUUGGUGUGGCGUUAACACUGAGCACUGCGAUAUCGAAGAUUGCACCGAUGGGUUCUACAAGUUUUCGCAGGAGCUGCUUGAGCAGGAGAAGCUUGAGGAGCUCAGGAUGCGCUCGUCGAAUAGUACCGGUGGUUCGUAUACAUCUGCAGUAAGUGCACUAACACAUCCAAUGAAUAUUUCGUCCAAUAUGCAGCGCUGA